AUAUGGGCAAAUCCGAAAGCCAAAUGGAUAUCAUGGAGAAAACUAGCAAACCAGGAAAACGUCGCUGGACUGUUGCAGAAAUCAGUCUGUCUGUCCUGCUGCUGUUGGUCAGCUGUGCCUUCGGGCUGGUUGUCCUCUACACAUCAGCUGUGAAAGAACAAUCAAACAGGCCAAGCAUGUCCAGAAGCUCGACAGGUGAUGGACAGCUGUCUUGCUCCAGUGCCAACAAUGUAUGUACAACAUCUGACUGUGUGACUGCAGCUGCUCGGCUCUUGCAGAACAUGGAUAAAUCCAUAAAUCCUUGUGAUAAUUUCUAUCAGUACGCCUGCGGGGGCUGGCUGGAGAGACAUGUCAUCCCGGAGACAAGCUCCCGUCACAGUGUCUUUGACAUUCUGAGGGACAAGCUGGAGAUUGUCCUCAAAGGUGUUCUUGAGACGGCGAGAGAACAGGACAGGGAUGCCAUCAAGAAGGCGAAAGUCCUCUAUGGCUCCUGCAUAAAUGAAAGCCUCAUCGAACAGCGUGACUCGCAGCCCCUGCUGAAGCUCAUUGACAGUAUUGGCGGCUGGCCUGUGGCUUCAGAGGACUGGAACGCCACAGCAGAGGAAGAGUGGAGCCUUGAGGACACUCUGGCCAUGCUUACAGCUCGUUUCAACAAGAAGGCUGUUCUGGACAUGUACGUGUGGACAGACGACCGGGACUCUCAGAAGCACAUCAUAUAUAUAGAUCAGCCAGGACUCGGGAUGCCAUCUAGAGAUUAUUACUUUAACGAUGGAAACUUUAAAAAGGUUCGGGAUGCCUAUUUACAGUUCAUGGUUUCUAUUGCCAAAAUCACAAGAGAAGACAGAAACCUAACUCAGGACGAUGACAAGGUGUGGGAGGAGAUGAUGCAAGUGCUGGAGCUGGAGACAGACAUCGCUAAUGCUACAUCACCGGCAGAGGAGCGCCAAGAUGUCACUGUUCUCUACAGCAAGAUGACACUCGGUGAACUACAGAGUACUUUCAGCUUUAAUGAUUUUAACUGGACCCGAUUCAUCCGAGGUGUGAUGUCAAGUGUCUCCAUCGAUGUCCAGCUGGAGGAGGAGGUGGUGGUGUACAGCACUCCCUAUCUAGAGAAGAUGAAUGACGUUCUGUCCAGACACAGUGUUCGAACUAUGCAGAACUACCUCACUUGGCAGCUCAUUAUUGACAGGGUUAAUAGCUUGAGCCGGCGCUUCAAAGAUGCCCGGGCCCGUUACCGAAAGGCUCUUUACGGAACUACUGUGGAGGAUGCCUGGUGGCGAGACUGUGUCCGAUAUGUUCAGAGCAGUAUGGAGAAUGCAGUUGGAGCCUUGUAUGUGCGUGAGACAUUUGCAGGGGAGAGUAAACGAAUGGUGAGUGACCUGAUUGGUAAAAUCCAGAAAGCUUUUGUGGAAACGCUGGAGGAGCUGAGCUGGAUGGAUGCUUCCUCAAAGGAGAAGGCCAGAGAAAAGGCAAUGGCAAUCAAGGAGCAUAUAGGCUAUCCAGCUUACAUACUGGAGGAAAAAAAUCCUAAAUUAGACCAGGAGUAUGCUAAUCUGAAUUUCAGUGAAGAAAAUUAUUUUGAGAACAUCCUGGAGAACCUGAUGUCCGAAGCACACAAGAGUCUGAAGAAGCUCAGAGAGCCUGUGGAUCCAGAUCAGUGGAUCAUUGGUGCUGCUGUAGUGAAUGCUUUCUACUCACCAAACAGAAACCAGAUAGUGUUUCCUGCAGGAAUUCUGCAGCCGCCUUUCUUCAGUAAACAUCAACAACAGGCCCUUAACUUUGGAGGUAUAGGAAUGGUCAUUGGACAUGAGAUCACACAUGGAUUUGAUGACAAUGGGCGUAACUUCGACAAGGAUGGUAACAUGCUAAACUGGUGGAGUAAUUACUCAGCCGAGCACUUUAAAGAGCAGUCACAGUGUAUGGUGCAACAAUAUGGCGACUUCGUCUGGAAACUCGCAGGUGGACAAAAUGUCAGUGGAAUCAGUACUUUGGGGGAGAAUAUUGCAGACAAUGGAGGGGUUCGUCAGGCAUAUAAAGCUUACCUACAGUGGGUGGACAUGGAGGGGGAGGAACUUCAGCUACCUGGUCUGGACAUGGAUCACAAACAACUGUUUUUUCUAAACUUUGCCCAAGUGUGGUGUGGUGCUUAUCGACCUGAGUACGCCAGCCAGUCUAUCAAAACUGACUCACAUAGUCCUUUAGAAUACAGGGUCCUUGGAUCGCUCCAGAACUUUGAAGCUUUCUCAGAAGCUUUUCAGUGCCCAAAGGGCAGUCUGAUGAAUCCUGAGCAGAAGUGUCGUGUCUGGUAGAUCUUCUUCUUUUAAAAAUGGGCAAUUCUAAUCAAAUAGAUGUUCCUUUGUAAAUCCAGAGAUAUCUUGCUGAGAUAUUUGGUGCAGGGUGAUGACACAAACCUUCACAUUCACUGUUGAUAGCAACUGGAACUCAUCUACAAGUCAUCUCAUGACUUUUAUGACAUUUUUGUCCAACAACGGACAAAGACGUGGGAACAAAUGAAAAUCUUGAGGGAAAAUUAAAGCGACAUGUCUGGCUCUAAAUGCUUUUCUAGCCUUUGACUAGACAUUAAGAAAACCUCUUUCGUAAAUGUUUGAGAUUUAUCUGCCGAUCCGCUCUGCUUGGGUUUAUUUGAAACUGUAGUCACUCCAGAAGGAAAACUAGAGAACUAAAUAAAACUCUUAGUGUUGAAUAUAAAAUAAAUAAGGGGAUCUUCACUGAAAUCAAGCUACACUGAAUUAGUCACACUCUGUUGUGUUAAAGUAAAUUACCUGAUGACUUUAAGACUGUUAAAUCUUUGCAGCUUUAAGCUUGAAUUGACAUUCAUAGAGAGACGUGACUUUCCAUAUUUUUACACUAACCGAGGUAGGAAAUAUUCAACAUUUACAAAGCUGUGAUUGGCUUUUGCGUUCUUUCAAAGGUUGUUUCUUUACCAUUUUCUGUGAAUGAUUGUUAUUCAAUAUGAGCUGCAGAAUUCGGCACGUUCUCAUGAAAAUUCAUUGUUAGAAAAAUUGGUUUUGUAGAGUUUCGUUGUCCAGCCCCUGCUAAAGGCAGAGUCAUGUGUUUUCGUCAGCUGGAUUGAUGCUUUCUCUUUUUUGACACAGUUUUCAAAUGGGGCUGAGCAACCAGAGAAUCGGACCACGAUUAUGACAUGUAUGGUUUUAAAUUGUUCAAAUUGUGUUUAAUUGGUUGGGGGAAAAAAACCUCUUUUCAUUCCUAUCGGGUCCAUUGUUAGAAAACUCAAAGUUGACAUGAAUUUUAGUUUCAAGCCAAUUAAAUGCAAGGAAAUAGAAGCCUGUUCAGUACGCUUGUACAUCGGAAAGGAGAGGCUAAUGAAGAUCUUUCCCUUAUGAUCUUGCACUGAUCAGUGAUCUGUAAGAUAAAAGGUUCGGAAAAAAUAAAAAAGAUAAAAGGUUUGGUGCGGAGAGCUGAAGUGAGGUUACCGCUGUAGCUAAUCCACAAGCCCACGGGCAGAAAUACUGGAGUUUGCUCUCAUGAACCAGAUGACUUGGGCCAGGACUUUACUUACAACCUUAACAGGUGCUGGGAGAAUCAAAGCAGAGCGGACCUCUUAAGAGCAGGUAGGAGAUGCUGAUUGAGGAGGGCAGAGAAAUCCUAACGGACAGCUGAUUUGAAUAUUUAUGCCUUGGUAAACUGAACACGACUGUUAGGUCUCAACAGAGGCUGCUUAACCGAAUGUGUAUGAUGCUCUUUAGCCUGUCUCUUAGUCUUCACCUUUUGGCAAGUACUGUUGUGAAAUGCACGAUGACAUUAAAACUGUUUUCCCCGUAAAAUAGGAGCUGAUAGUUUGCCUCAGUCGUAAACAUACGUUUGACAUUUGGGAAAUACACUCCAAUAAUAGAAAGUAAUGUUAGAAAAGAGACUCUCAAGCUGUCAAACAUGUCGGAUAACUCAUUUUAUCUGAAUUUACUAAAUAAAAAGGUUAAAAAAAAUUUAAAAAACAGGCUUACUAGAGGGAACUAUUAGGACAUGUGUUUGUUUUUUUAUUUACUAGCCUUGUGACGGUCGAUGCUUAUAUUGAAAAAAAUAGAAAUGAAUGAAUAACUGUUCUCCAUGUUCUCCAGUCAGAUGAUGUUCUUCAGGGUUCUCCAGACCCAGUCGUUUUAUUACUGUGUUUUAUUGUGACGGCAAUAAUUCCCAGCGGCUGACAUUUUACAGUGUGCAAAUGCAAACAAAAUAGAAGUUAAUAUAUAUAUUUUUUUCAUUUGAUAUUUAUCAGUGGAUAAUUAAGCACAUGAUUAUGCACUUAAUUAUUCACCCAAUAAAUCUCAGAAAGUAAUCAUUGGAUGUGCAUCUGCAGCUGAUUAGCCUUUGUUGUGAGAUUGAUUAAAGAUGGCCGUCACAGCAACGACACGUUAGCGGACGCAUAAAUUAUUGUGACUCAGUCAAUUUCACAGAUAUGGAGCUUACAUUUGGUGACUGUAGCUGGCAGUCGUUCAUAACACAUACCUCAGAUACAAACAAUUUACUUGAUGUCCUGCUGAGUUGUGUGAAAUCAUAUGUCGUUUUUUAAGAUUUGUCAUAAAAAUGAUCUCAAGCUGUGUUUUUACAAUACGAGUCCUGGGAAAUUUCUGGGAGGGGAAGGGUUACAAAUUCAAAGUCAACUUAAACACACUUAAGUAAUCCCAGAGGGAAAUUAAGUAAAUUAGUUAAUUAGGUUACAGAAAAAAUCUGAUGGCUCUGAAUUCUCAGUCGGUGUGUCUCCAUACCAAAUCGACCCUUUCAAGACUUUGUGUUCAGCAUAUCGCAACUGAUUUGGCAAUGAGUGAUGUCACUGAUCAGCACCAAAAGGUGUCAACGAAAGUGGAGUACUUUGAAAGUUUUAUUUUGUUAAAGCAGACCAUAAUUUAAUCCACCCGUGGGACCAGGAGAGUUGCUCACCUUUUUUUAAACCAAAGAACUGCAUCUGUUGUGCCAAUUGUGUAAUACAGACAAUAACAAUAUGUUAUAAAUAUUAUAAAUAAGCAUUAGCGUUGCACUCAGCACUAUAGAGAUCAAACCAAAUAAAGGUGUUAUUCUUAUAAAUGGCUCACUGAGCCAUAAUUCACAUGUGUAGCUAAUCUGGUUAAAUUGGAGGAAGUUAAAAACUCACAAAUUUAAAUAAAUCUAAACAGGAAUGUAUUUGUGCAUAAGACCUUUAAUGCAUACCUGAAUCACGUAACAUCAACAGCUUAGCUUAGCUGUGAGGCAGCUGACGUCUUCUUUUUUCUGUUUUUGUUAUCUUUAAUGUGGGGUGUUGUCAUUUUUGCAUGGUACCAUUACCUAGGGCAGCAUACGUGUAUGGUUUGUUACAACAUAUGACCUAACAAAUCAUCUGGAGUUCUGUUGCUCAACACCACUGGUGACCUACUGUAUAUACAGGCAAUGCCUCGCCCCGUUUAGCCUUUGAGCUUCUCACCUUCAUCCACUGGUUCCACUAAACGCUACUUUGAUCUGACGGAUUGAAGUUGGUCUGCGUUUGCGGACAGAUGCUCAAACCAUUAUUUUCAAGCUUCUGCUCAAUUUCAGAUACAGGAAAACUUCUUGGAUAAUUUAGGACUUAGAUUUUGGCAGCAGGCAGGCAAAAAUAAUGAUGAAACCUCGUAAAACACGGUCAUGGUAAAGACACUAUCUGGUAAGUGCAGGAAAUCAAAACACACUGAGGUCAGCUAAAAUAGCUCGUAAGACAAUUUGACAUGAAAGUUUUUUUGAGUAAAACCAACAGGUCAUUGUUGCAAGACCUGAAAAAAAAAAACUGAAAUGUUAGACGUAUUUCACACAGUCGGACAAUACAGGUGUUUUAUCAAGGGCUGCAUUCCAUUUAGAAGUUCAGCUCACACGCAUUUUUACAGAACAACCAGCAUGAUGAGCUGCAGAAGUGGAAUGCAGCCUUUCUUGCAAGCAUACAUGUGUGCUGUCAUUUCCUUGUAUUCAGCCUUUGUGCUAAGCUAGUCUACAAGUUAAGCUACCAGCUAAAUGAGCUCUUUCCUGUGAACAAAGAAGAGUAUUUCCCAAAAGGGUCAAACUGUGUGAACACACCUUUAUGGUGACUGGAGAUGAGAACCACUGGAAGUUAAGAUGUAAAUCAAAAUGCAAUAUUGAGCAUCACUUUAUAGCCUCUUGUAACACUGCAGCUGUUGUUAACUGAACACAAAAGUUAUACAAAAAUAAAAUGUGUGAUUGUAUAUUGUGCAGAAAAUUUGGUAGAAAAAAAAUCAGGUAGGAAAAUGCGCUUACCUUAGUCACAUUUAUUUCAAUUGUGAAACUGUGUUGUUCUAAAGUUACCAAACAACUAACAAACUUUUUUAUAUAUAUUUACUUAACAUGAUUCACCUGUAAACACACCAGAAGAGUUUAUUUAAAUAAAAAUGUAUCAAGUAAAAAUGUUGCUUUGUGAGAAUUCACAUGUUAAAGAUGUUUCUAUGAAUGUUCCUGCUGCUAUGUAAUUAUCUAGACUGCUAUUUUUGUGACUCAGAUCUGUAAUUAUUGCUAUUAAAGUGACUGUCUGGA